UUCUUCAUUACCGAGCUCCGAGUUUUUCGGAUUUGUACAAGCACAAAGUUGGUCGUACAAUUUCAGUCAGUCUGUUAACUAAGUAAAUCGAAACUCAAUUAUAUUUGUUCUAUUCAAUAAUAGAGACAAUCUGCACAAUGUCUGAUAAUGUAAACGAGACUGACUUAAGCAUUUUGUAUGAAUUCCGUCACUAUCUAUCGGAUAUGAGCUGUAUGACGAUGAUGCGACUCCCUUAUAACAAGCGUUGCAUGAUGGCCACCGAAGUGAAGAAUUGCGAUGUAAUCGUGAAUAUCUUCCACUACUUUCGAGUGCUGUACUGCUUGUUUAACGUUCACGACCAACUCACGGAGAUAUGCGUGAUGUUUCUAUUUAUUAUGAUAUGCCUCGCAUUUCUGGAGCUGAUGUCAUCGAGCAUUCGGUUGUACUUUACUCCGGCUUUGAAAAUCGUCUCCGUUUGGCUGCACAUGAAUGAGUAUUUGACAGGCGUUACCCUGCUGUCCUUUGGCAAUGCAUUACCAGACAUUGUUGGCAACCUAGCGCCAAUUAGAGGCAAUGCAUCUAUAUUUUCCAUCGUCACUGGCAAUGCCCUGGUCAUCAUACUCCUAAGUGGCGGCAUGGUCUGCUUCCUGAAGCCAUUCAAGUUGAGCGGCUCCAGCACCACCAGGGACCUUCUGUUUCUGCUGCUUUCUGUGGAGCUGGCACGAUACAUAAUAUUAUACGGCGGAAAGGUGACCAUUGUCAAGAGUCUUGUGAUGAUUUCUAUUUACUUUAUCUAUUUGUCCAUCAAUAUCAUCGAUCUCGUGGUGCUGCGCCACAGCAUCAGAAAACUUCGAAGGGAACUCUACGAAUUGAUGAGCAAGCCGCCUGGCGCACAGCGGGACCAAGAGAUCACAGAAAAACGACUUGCAAUAUUAGAUCUGAAAAUUCACGACGAAAUGAUUAUCACGGACACCGCAAGUUCCCGGCGUAAGAUCGCGGAAAGACGUCGCUUCUUCAAGGGUAACAACGCUGCUAUCUUAACCACAUCCAAGUCGGUGGACCAUCACGAGCCAGUUGACUUUAAUGCCACUGGAAAAAUGCUGCACGAUGACCGAAAUCCGAAGAACCUGUAUCUAAUCAGCGAUUUCCUCGAGUCCCUCAAUCCCAUUGAUAUGGAGGAUUGGCAGCUGGGUGGCUGGUGUUGGCGCUUCUACCAGAUUAUCGGGUGUCCACUGGUUUUCCUGCUGCUGCUGCUCAUUCCAUAUGUGGACUAUGAGAAGGAGAAGCACGGCUGGAGCAAGUUGCUCAACUGCAUUCAGCUCAUCACGGCACCGUUCUUCUACAUUUUCCUUGUGCAUUCAAUGAUGGUAAACGAAUACAGCGGCUGGCACCUCAUUCUACAAUUUUCCUACGCAAAGUGGUCCUUGCUGCUGACAGUGCCUCUGGCCAUUGCUGUCUUCGUUCAUAGUCGCACAGAUCGGCCGCCCUUCUACCAUAUCGUCUUCGUCGGCCUGAGCUUCACAGUUUCGAUUGUGAACAUCUGGAUUUGCACCUGCGAAAUUGAGGUGCUAACUUCUGUUGUGGGCAUUGUCUUCAACGUAUCCUCAAACUUCAUGGCCAUCACCUUUGGCUCGAUGUCGAUUGCUACCGCGGAUAUAAUAGCCAAUGCAACCCUCGCCCUGCAGGGCUACGAGAAGAUGGUAUUUGCGGCCAUAAUCGGUGGACCACUUCUCAACAACAUAAUGAGCAUUGGAAUGUCCCUGUUGUAUAACGAGAGUGUUCGCCACGAAGGGACGGCGUCGCCACUUUAUGGCUACCACGGGGAGAACUGUUACAUAUUCCUCAUGAUCACCAUUAUAGGCACAUUGUGCUGGUGCUUCACCUUCAACUUCUUUAUCCGACGCUCCGCCGGCAUAUUCCUGUGGAUCAUAUUUUUAUUGUUUUUUGUUUACACCGCUGGCAUGGAAUGGGGCUUUGUGCAUGGCUUCAACGAUGACAUACAAAGGGAGCCAAUGUAAUUCGGAUUCCUUGUUCCUUGUUCCUAUUAUCCCCAAUAAAAAUGGU